CACCGGAGCCUUGAGAGGAAGAUCUUGUGGAUCCAUCCGGACAGGGUGCGGGGCUUGGAAAGGAGAAGCCCCUCCCCGCAGAUCAUCAUACAAGACGAUGGUCCUUUUAACUUCAUUGUUGCAGAAGGAGAAGAAGCGACGCCCCGCUUUGCCACGGCUAAAGGAUCAAACACCCUCCUCUGAUCGGCACGACCCCCAGUUUUGUUCUCAUGGAAAUCAGACCCUGCCUCCCGGCCACACUUUCUGCAGAGAUGCAAAGUUGAAGCACAUUCCCAGCCGGGACAACACAUGAUGAUGAUGUCUUGAAGGAGCUGCUGGUUUCGUUUAUUCAGUUUCUGUGAGUUUUCUUUUUUAUAUAUAUUUUUGUUUUUUGCUCGUAGCUCUCUCGGAUCUCAGACUUUUAUAUCUGAACCAACAUGCUGGAUUUGGCGCGGCGCAUUGUUUUCUGCGCGCUGCUCGGCUCCGUUUACGCGUCGUGUCCACCGCGCUGCGAGUGCUCCGAGGCGGCUCACACCGUGAAGUGCGUCUCCAGAGACCUGCGGAGUAUCCCGACUGGGAUCCCCGGAUACACCAGGAAUCUGUUCAUAACUGGGAAUCAGAUCAGUCGAAUCGGUCCGGAGUCUUUUAAAGGUCUGGAUAAUGUGACCAACUUAUCUCUGAGCAAUAACAGAAUCUCCGAGGUGGAGUCCUACACGUUUGCCGGACUCCGCAGCCUUCGCUCUCUGGAUCUGAGCAACAACCAGCUGGCAGUCAUUCACCCACAGGCAUUCACCGUGCAGAACCAAUCUCUCCGGGAGCUCAACCUGAGCCGAGCCCUCUACAACCACUCGUCAGUGAUGGACUUGGCCACAUCGCUCCGUUGGAGCUCCCUGGGGACCUUGAGGGGACUGGACCUUUCUGACAACAGCCUCAUCUAUUUACCCUCACGCAUCUUCUGCCACCUGAGCAGCCUACAGCGGCUUCAACUUUCCAACAACUCCCUGGUGGCAAUCCAUAACUCCACCUUCUCGGGUUUGGAGAACCUGCAAGAGCUCGACCUGACCCUCAACGCCCUCAAGACGGUGCCUGAGGAAGGCCUGCGAGAGCUGGACACCCUGCCCGGCACUGCUCUUCUGCUGGGGGAGAACCCUUUCACGUGCAAGUGCGGGAUCGAGCCUUUUGCUCUGUGGCUCAACAGAUCACAGGGACGUAUUAGAGAUGCUGAGGGCCUCAUGUGCGCCUUCCCAGCCAGCAUGAGGAACGUAUCCAUGCUUGCGGUUGGCACGUUAACUCUGGGGUGUCACCAGAGGAACGCAGGGGCUGACCUUGCUUUGCAGACCUCUUACGUCUUCUUGGGUAUAGUCCUGGGCUUCGUAGGCCUCAUCUUCCUUUUCGUACUUUAUCUCAACCGCAAGGGCAUCAAGAAGCGGAUCUACGACCUGCGUGACGCCUGCAGGGAGGUUUGGGAGGGCUACCACUACCGCUUCGAGAUCGACUCCGGCCCCAGGUUAUCGCAGGUCUCCUCCGGCGGUGACAUGUGAACGGACGAUCGCCUGUGGUGUAUUUUCUAAAGACUCUUUUUCUAACGCAUUUAUCAGUAGCGAAAUGUAAAAAUUGUACAGAUGUGUCUGUAAAUAUAUACAUACAAUAGACUUAAUAAUCUUUCUGCCUUGUCGAUUGAAGCAUGCACUGCCCAUCUUUCCUCAUUACACAACCAAUACUUUCAUUUAAUAUCUCAGAGUUAAACGGAGAUGAAUGAACGAGCGAGCUCAUUGAUCGACAUUUCCGAUAUCAACGUCAACAGCAAGUGCCUAAAGUCAGCUAGGUAUUGUAUCCUGAUCGACAGAGUGAUCUGCUGUCUGUUCGACAUAGGACGUUCAUUACUGUGUCAGAUCUUGUCCUCGUAUUAAGCUUUGUGAAGAGAAGAAG